GGGAACCGUGAAAAAGUGGAAGGGCCCCGCUACGUCGUCAUCGUUCGAUCGAACGCCGCCGCCUCGUCGUAAUCCGCAUGAAUGGAAUGGUCUAGGCUUGACAUACGGUGCCUCUGUCAUCCAGUUCAGUGAUGCGUUUCGCGAGUGUCGCACGGAGUUUUUUCGCGAUCGAAAGUGGCCAUACCUGACGGGGACUUUCUACUAGGUGUAGUACUUCCUUGAAGAAGAAAGGUAAAGCUUCGGAUGUGGGUGGAUGGAUGAGGGUCAUCAUUCAGACGAAUGUUGUGGGUUUGAUAAAUUGAUUGUGUUUACCAAUAUGAUGUGCUACUGCAAUUAGUGUGAAUCAACUAGAGGAGUAGUGCCAUGUUUUUUGCAAAUAAUUUGCAGUUUCAGUUGAGUUUAUCGCAUCGAUAAUUUCGGUUCCCGUGAAAUUUGCCGGAGGGCGUCGAUUUUCCAUUCGCUUUCGCUAGUUGUGUUCAUUGUUUUUUCUUGCAAAAAUAUUCAAUGUCGUUUGGCCAUAAACGUCACAGUUUUAUUACAGUUGUUGUCUUAUCUCUAAACAACCCGGCAGCAGAUAUCCAAGUAAGCUAGGCCGCCGAAGAAGUGUGUCGCAUAUGUAGCAAGCAGCCAUGGAGAAAGUAAAUCGUCAGUCAAAAAUUAUUAUGAGUUAAACAACGGGACGAUAGAAUCGUGUUAGGUUUCGCGUGUAAUUCCCGGGCGUUCCGCAGAGUUCCUCGUGAUAAGUGUCCAUUCAAAUUAAAGAGAUCCAAAUCUCGGAAGCCUUUCUUGGCGACAGCUGCUUAAAACGUACAGAGGGCAAAAGGAAACCCCAAAAUAAAUAAACAUGUCACCGGCAUUCCUGGCUGUGAUAGCCGUCAUUUUGUGUAUCCUGUUUCGGAUACUGAACGUCAGCAGUCAACCAGCGAUUCCUCAGCUAUUCUGCAAGGAUGGCCAGUUCAUGGAAUGCUUCAACAAAAUUGCACCGAUGCUGCGAGAACCUUACAUUCCGACGCGCCUCUGGGGCUUCAGCGGUCACAUCCAGACCAUUAUCCACAGCAUCGUGGGCCGGGUUAAAUGUCCCUGGCCGCUGGGUGAACGAGUCUAUCUGAUCCUGGCAGACGGCUCGACGCUGACGUACGAUUUGUAUCAACCGUUGAUUACUUCGGUCGAAGACGACAUUACCGUAGCGAUAUGUCCCGGAAUCGGAAAUUCCUCCGAAUCGGUCUACAUUCGAACGUUCGUACAUUACGCACAGUGCCACGGCUAUCGGUGUGCGGUGCUCAACCACAUCGGAGUUUUGGACAGCGUUCAGGUUACCUCUACUCGGAUUUUCACAUACGGUCACACCGACGACUACUCGGCCAUGAUCAACAACCUGCUGAAAAAGUACCCCACGACUAAUGUUGUGUCCGUGGGCUUUUCCCUCGGCGGAAAUCUGAUAUCGAAGUACCUGGGCGAAGCGUCCCGGCCGCAGAACAUCAUCGGGGGCGUCUCCAUCUGCCAGGGCUACAAUGCUGUCAUGGCGACCCAGUGGCUGCUGAAAUGGCAAAAUUUCCAUCGCUUCUAUCUGUACGUUCUGACCGAGAACGUAAAAAGUAUCAUCAUGAAGCACCGGCACGUGCUGCUGUCGGAUGACAUCAAACACCGCUGCCAGCUGAAUGAGCGGGACAUCGCGGCGGCGGCCACGUUGCCGGAACUGGACGAGGCCUACACCCGGCGGGUGCACAAUUUCAGCAACGUCAAGGACAUGUACAGCUGGAGCAGUUCUCUGAACUAUUUGGCCAACAUUAAGCGGCCGAUGGUGUUCAUCAAUGCCCGGGACGAUCCGCUGGUACCGGAUGUGCUGCUCAGCCCGGUCAAGGAGUUUGCAGUAUCCAACAAUCAGUCCCUCUACAUCGAGCUGGCCAACGGUGGCCACCUAGGGUUCUACGAGGGUGGCCUAAUUUACCCGAAUCCGGUGACCUGGUUGGACCGAGCCCUGGUAGCCCUGAUCGGUGGUAUCGUGAUGUCCCAUAACGAUCUGCUGGUAGCCAAAGACACCCAGCAAAUGGCGUCUGCCGUCAUCUAAGAUUUACCUCAGCCAUUCCUCUCGCCGCCGCCUCCUCCAUCGCUGCUGCUUUCAUCACCAUUGGACUCAUCAUUAUCACCGUUUCACCAGCAAGUGGGCAUCAUUCGAUGGUUGCGCCAUUGGGUAUUCUUACCGUUGGUAGCCCUGUCUUCGACUCCUUCACCGUGGGGCGUCCUGGUAGCCGUGUUGAAGUUGCUGCUGUCUGCAUUCGGUCGGAAGCAGAAAAUCCCAGAAUUUGACACUUCAGCGACCACAACUCCUCUACCACAACAGCAGGAUUAGCAAGGCGCUCUAGUUUUAUUUUCCAAAACUUAUUCUUUACCAAAGGCGAAGGGUGGCAGAUAUUCGGUAGUUGAUUCCAAAUUUUUCAUGCAUUAGUCCAGACUUUCUGAAAACUAACAAACGUUACAACUACAAAAUUAAGUUAUUUUAAUUGAAACUAUGCGAAUGUAUUAAUAACUUGACUUGUUUUCAAACUUAAAGAAAAGAAACCAUCUCAUAUAUCUACUUAUUUAAAACCAUAAUAAAAAAAAAAUCAUUAAAACGCACUCGUUUGUUCAAAGCUGUGUUCACAACCGCUUCAAAAGUACUAUGAUUCGAUUUUAUUGUGAUAAUUGAAUGUAGUUGUUUGCUUAGUCGAAGACAAAAUUUAAAUAGGUACAUACAACAUGAGCGUGUAGCAGUGUGCAAUUGUUUCUUUCGACAGUUGAUAACAUUCACUAAGCAACGCAUUUAUAGGAUUUAAAUCCCGGAAAUCAACAAACUGCGUUCAAAUUACUUUAGUGUGUCAGGAGGUGUAUUUUGAUGCACUUUAAUUAUAAUGAUAGAGACUGUAUGUUAAUAAGAAAAAAUAAAAGUAGCUUUUAAUUUAUAUCGGCAUGUUCUUAUGAAGACCAUUCGCUAAUAAGUUCGAUCGAAGAUCAUUGUUUGAUAAUGUCAUAACUGCAAGAAAAACACCAUAACCAGUUGGCAAUAAAACAAAAUGCUUUCCUCACAAACACUCGUACAUACCACUAUCGUUAAUGAAAUCUAUUUUGUACCAGACUUUAUUGUAACUUAUAUCUUUUAUCCUAACGAAAGAAACGAAAAAACACAUUCAUUUUACUAUCGUUGUCAAACACAUUGUGUACUCGAAUCAAGGGCCCCACAGAGCUGCUCAUAAUCUUCCGACGAGCUUGGAUUCACUCGCUAGUUUUUUUUAUUUUCUUAUUCUAGAAAGGAUAUCCUAACAACAAACCGAAAUCGGACACAAAGAAUCCCAACCGCUAACAACCCGUUCAAUAGAAUUACACAUUAGGUACCAUAUUUUCGAACGUUGUUACCACAAUCAAUCUGAUAGAAAAAAAAAACCCGAAUUAGACUAGUCCAAUCGAUUCCAAUUUGAUGUACGUAUACAAAUGAUGAAAAAAAAAACUAGUUCUCCUCGGUGUAGCUAAAUGGGUAAUUUUAUACACAUAACAACAACAAUAAAAAAGCAACAAAAUCCUUAUAUCCGGCAGCAUUGAAUAAUAGCAUUUUGUAAAAGUACCGUUCGAGUGUCCUCGCGGCUGUAAGAUAGGGACACACUGGCACGCACGAGAUUAUAUCGGUUUUUGAAAUGAAUAUUGUUUGUUUGAUAUCGAAGGCAAUCGAUUUGCGCAAAGGAAAUUGUUAUUCAAUAAUGGAUAAGAGCUGGAACCAUCUGUUGAACAACACAGGUGAUAGUUGGACGCAAAAUUAAACUAUUUCUCAUUAAAUGGUGCUUUUUCCUUUAUGGGAUUUGUCACUGUCGACUGUUGUGUGAGCAGAUGGUGUUAUCACCUUAUUCACAUCGAGACGGACAAAAUAUGUAGCUUUACGAUAGAGCAUUGUGAAUCGUUUUAUGACAAAGGAAAUUUGAGAAAAACAAAUAAAAUGUAAUGUAUUUGUGUAUUAAAA